AUGUCAUCCGCUCGUAUUGGGGUGACACGUCAGUUACGUCACAUACGGAUGGAAAACAUGGAAGUAAACGAGACUGUGACCACCCCUUUAGUAAAUCAAGAAUCGACAAUUCCAGCUGGCAAAAAUGUCAACAGUAUGAUUAGCAUGUUUAACUCCUAUUCAGCGUCCAAAGAGAAUCGUGAUAACCCUAUCCCUCGUAGAAAAUUUGGUGUCGAUGCACCAGGAUAUCAGUCAACUCCUCUUAUUAAGAAAUAUACUGAUACUAAUCGAAAUAUGAAAAAGCAUAAGAAAAUUCUUGCGAUAUCGAAUCUUAACAAUAUUACUAAUGUUACAUCGAGUCCUAAUGGCAAUACUCAAGAAGAAAAUUGGAAUCAUAUCGAUGAAUUUAAAAAAGAUCAAAAGUGCGAUAUGGUAGAUGUAGCUACUUCCGAAUUUAUGUGUUUAUCUAUGGUUGUCAAUUAUAAUGCGGAUGAAUCUAGGAAUGAUUUAACCACAGACAUGUUCACCUGUAAUAACGAAUUUAAUACCAGUGACAAUAUUGAACAAUCUGCCCAUCUGGAAGAUGAGAAGCCAAGUAAUUCAAACUGCUUUUCUGCUGUAAACCCUCCGUUGACGGGUGAGGAAGCAGCGAGCGAUGAUUGCACACAGCAAGAUUCCAAAGCAUCAGAGGAGGCAAGCGAUAAUUAUAACCAAGAUACUAAAAGCGGUGAUCCUCAAGGCCCGGGAGAUGAAAAUAUCGACAUAGGGAGUAUAUCCAAUUUAACUAAUGUCAGUGAUAGUAGUGCAAUCCAGGAGUAUAGCGAUGAUGGAGAUAAUGAUAAUGAUUUAGCAAGCAACAAAAAAGUCCCUAGGCAAGACAGUAAAGAAAAAUUUUAUAAUAUGCUAAUGGCAAUAUCGCAGGAAUAUGGCAUCAAUUCUACUAAGGAUGCAAGCCCUAUUUUAAAUAAUUACCCAAAGACAAUCGAAGAAGAGGUUAUUGAAUAUUCAAUGCAGAAUAGCAGCAAUGCGCCUAAAUCGCAGGUAUCUCUGAUGGCUAACUCAGAGUGCAGUAGUCCUACUCAUCACCAAACUACUAAAUCAAGGAAUACUAAUUACGUAACAGCAACGUCGGUAAAUUCCCCUAUAGCUGCUCCAGAAAUCACACCAGUAAAAAUAGGAUAUGGCGUUGAUAGUAACCCUAAUAUUAAUUGUGAAGAAUCCCCUGAUGCUCGUAGCCAAAUAGACGCUCAAAGAGAUUCACCUAACACAAUGCUCAAUUCCUUGUGCGAUAACUCUGUAGAAAAAGCUAAUCUAUAUGAGAAAAAACGCCAAGCGAUGCAUAAACACAAACAUCAAAGCUACCGGACAUCAACAUUUAUUAAUCCGCCGUCAUUAUCUGACUGCAAUACCAGUAAUGAAGAAUCUCCAUUAGCUAAAACUAUUAAUAGCGAUAUAAAUGCUUCAAUAAUGCAGUCCGCUGCAUCUCGGCCUGAGGUGAGGAAAAGAUUCAAUCAGUGUUCACCUCAAGAUGAAUUAAGUGCUUUACCAGAAACUAAUAUCGGCAAUAUUAAGAUACAAUUAGACUUAGUUAAAUCUCCUAUACCGGAAGCGCCAACGGCUAAUUCAGAAGAAUCUCAUGUUGUCUAUGAAGAAUCACGUUAUAUCGAUAAUACGCAUAUGAGUAACCUAUCAGCUGGAACUUCGAUUUUAAAAAGCUCGAAGCGUUAUCGUCGGCUGUUUGGUAAAAAGAAAAACAGAUUUGGAGAUUCGGUAAUGUCGACAAAUCAUAACGAUACUAGUAUGGCAUCUAAUACAAGUAUUUUAGGCAAGCGCUUCAAAAAGAAAAAGAAGACUUUAGCUGCUCAACAAAGUACAAAGUUACUAAUGUCAUUACAUGGUGAAGAGUUAAAUGAUCAAACAGUUCAAUCAAUGACACUACUGGCUAUUCAUGAUGAUGUUGCACAGCAAAAGUUAGCAUUAGCUAAAAAGUAUCGUAAGGUAGAAGCUGAAGUUUUUCAAUCAGAGAGAACAUAUCAACGUCACCUCAGAGUAAUUAUUAAGCAUUUUUUGGAGCCAUUACGCAAUCACGGGUACAUUCCUGAUGCUGAAAUUGAUGGUAUAUUUUCCAAUAUUGAACAAAUUUUACAUGUGAAUGAAGAAUUGUUGAAGAGAAUGACGCGGUUUGGUAUUGCCGAAGCAUUUGCAGCUUUAACUCCUUUUCUAAAGCUUUACUCUCUCUAUGCCAGCAAUUAUGAUAGAGCAAUCCAUUUAAUCGUUAAAUGGGAGAAAAUAUCGGAAGAUUUUGCGUCUUUUAAGAAGUCAAAAGAAAGUGGCAGUAUCGUAAAAGGCCAAAAGUUAAUGUCUCUGCUUAUUAUGCCUGUUCAACGUAUUCCACGUUAUAAACUCCUUUUAGAAGAAUUAUUAAAUCUAUCGCGUCCUGGUGAUAAGGAUUACUUAAAAUUAAAACAAUCAGUUGAAGAUAUAACUAAAGUUGUCGAGUUUGUUAAUGAAAAAAUCCGCGAACAUCAAGACUACGACAAAGUCAUUAUGAUACAAAAUAAGUUUAAAGGGAAUUCAGCUCCGAAUUUUGUAGCUCCAGGCCGAAAAUUAAUUAAAGAAGGGUCAUUGUGGAAGGUCUGCGGCAAAAAAUCGAAGAUUAGAAUGUUUUUUCUGUUUUCUGAUAUCUUAGUCUAUGCUAGACAAGCCUUUACAUUUGGUGCUAAUAAUUCAAUAAGAAAUUAUGAGUGUCGUGGAAUUUUACCUCUUUCAUAUUGCUCGAUUGUGGAAAUAUUUGGCGGUAGCGAGAACGCCGAUGCUGGUGGCUUGGUUAAAUUGACUUGCAAAGGAAAAUCGUUUUUACUAUAUUCAAAUGAUCGUCUAGAGAUUCAAGGAUGGAGUAAAGAAUUGAAAAAUGCGAUUAGAAACGCACUUGAAUCUCGACUGUCGUUAAAAAAGUUGAUAGUAGAUAGCGAUGUGGUAAGAGUUAAGAAGAAGACUACCAUCAGUUUACCCCCUAGAAGAUUUAGUCUCAGAAGGAAGAGUCGCACUCCUAAAAGAAUUAAGGAGUACUUAUCAGAAAGCUGUAUGGACAGCUUAUAUCCAAUGCGAAAAGAACUGAUUCCACAUCAUACACCUAAAGUUGCCAGAUACAAUAGAGAACGAUCAAAAAACUUGGAAACUCAGAAAAGUAAUGUUAAAUGCGAUGCUAAUGAAGCACUUUUGACACCAAGUAAAGCCGUUGAAGAUUAUCGUACUGGUUUGGAUUAUGUUCGUAAAGUACUUUUUAAGACAUCAGUACUCCCAACCCUACCUUUUACUUCUGAAUAA